AUGAACGAAAAUCUAUUUGCCCCUUUCAUAACCCCAGUUAUAGUAGGUAUUCCUAUCACCACCCUAAUUAUUAUCCUCCCAUCCAUUUUAUUCCCAACACCAAACCGACUAAUCAACAACCGCACAAUCUCCAUCCAACAAUGAUUAACUAAACUAACAUCAAAACAACUAAUAAGUGCGCACAGCCCUAAAGGACAAACCUGAUCUCUAAUACUUAUUUCAUUAUUCCUAUUUAUUGCCUCCACCAAUCUUCUUGGAAUAUUACCCCACUCAUUCACACCCACCACACAACUCUCAAUAAAUGUAGGAAUAGCCAUCCCCCUAUGGGCUGGCACUGUUUUUACUGGAUUUCGCAACAAAACAAAAAUAUCCUUAGCACACCUACUACCACAAGGCACACCCACCUUUCUUAUUCCUAUGCUAGUAAUUAUCGAAACUAUCAGCCUAUUUAUUCAACCAGUAGCACUGGCCGUACGACUAACUGCCAACAUUACAGCAGGUCACCUACUAAUACAUUUAAUUGGAGAAGCAACCCUUGCACUAAUAAAUAUCAGCCUACUUACAACCCUUAUCACCUUUAUUAUUCUCACUCUAUUGACCAUCCUUGAAUUCGCUGUCGCCUUAAUCCAAGCCUACGUAUUCACCCUCCUAGUAAGCCUAUACCUUCAUGAUAACACAUAA